AUGAAAUCUACUGCUUCUGCUACUCUUAUUGUCUUUGCUCUCAUUGCCUUCUUUGCCAUGGUAUCUCAUGCUCUCCCCAUGGAGAGACGUGCUCCCAAGUAUCAGAUUCAAGUCAAAUCUGAAACUGCCUUUUGUUCCUUCAUGCCUCCUCACCCAGGAGAUGACGUUGGCGCCACUGAAAACAAUGGUAUUCCUAUGUGCACUGACCCUAGCUUGGGUGGUAAGACCUUCCCCACUGGCUUCAUCAAGUCUGCUCACUAUGCAAGCACUGCCAACUACCAACAAAUUACUGGUAGAAUUGAUCGCACCAAGUACAGCCUCAAGUCUACUGAUGGUGGAGGACAAUACGACAACAAGGACAUUGCCUCUACUACUUGCAAUGGUUACAAGUACUUUGUCAACUUGAUUGAACCUGAUGCCAAUAUCUUCUGUAUCCGUUGUUGCAAGAACCAAGCUGACUGUAGAUUGGGCAUUUCUACCUACGGAUGUGCCAGAGUUGUUCCUGGCAACUACAACUAG